AUGUCCACCAACCCCAGCACACCUUCAGCCAAUGGUUCCUGUUACUUCUUUCGCCUGCCGGGUGAGCUGCGCAAUAGAGUUUACCAAUUUUCGCUUUCCGAGCCCGAAGGCCUCCGAUAUCACCAGAACUCGGACAGUGUCGGGUUUUACCGUCGAACCGAAACUAGCAAGAACGAUUCUCACGACUCUGAGGCAAACCAGUUAAAGUACGUCUGUCGCAGGCUGAACCAGGAAACCCGAGGCCUUGGAAUCCGCUACAACAUGCUGUACUUCGAUAAUUUCAUGCAUGCUUCCUGGUUCCUAGACGGCUAUCCGGAGAAGUGUCAUGGCUACUUAAGCUUGAUUGAUAUCGCUGAAGGCAAUGUCAAUGGGAGUUGGAUAGAUGCAGACGCCAAGAUUGUUAAGCUGUGCGUUGAUCAACCGCACGUCAUGGUCAGAGAGCGCACUAGAUUGCUCAGGUCAAAUGACCGUUACCUUGUUCGUAAAGUCAUUUGUGCCCAAUACGGACUUAGAGCAAGCACCGAAUUAGCUCGACGGAUUAUUGCCGACGAAUACGUACGCGGGAGUAUACUUCGGGAUUGUAAUGAGCUAUUUAAAGUCAGCAUGGUUGCGGAGAUCAAAUCACGUGUGCCUCAGAAUUAUCGCAUGUUCCCGGCUGAGGAAUCCUUCGACGAGCAGGCCUUCCGUAAAAUGAUUAAGGACAAUAGCUUUCUGUUUGAGCGUCUUAUACCCAAACUUAACGGAGGAUUGGAAUGCUUGAUUGCUGUGCUGAAGGAGCUCUUUGAGCGCGGAAUUUAAGGCUACUCAACCA